AAAUGAGCCAGCCGGAGCCGUUGGAAAGUUCGAGUUCAGUAUCGACGGGUGUGAAACUCAGGCAACGAAUAUCUCUAUUUAACGGGUGCACGAUCAUUGUUGGUGUCAUCGUUGGUUCCGGAAUCUUCGUCAGUCCCAAGGGCGUGCUACAAGAGGCUGGAAGUGUUGGCAUAUCCCUGGUGGUGUGGGUAUUGUCUGGGAUAUUCUCAAUGCUGGGAGCAUUGUGCUACGCUGAACUCGGCACUGCCAUACCGAAAAGUGGAGGAGAUUAUGCUUAUAUUUUCGAGGUAAGCCAAUGUCAAUUUUCUUACUGCUUUCCUAUAUUACAGUUUGUUCCUAUCUUAGGGGACCGCUAG